AUGGCUAGUAAACCACAUCAACUACUUCUAUCUCGGUUCCUGCUGGCGCUGUCCCUAGCGGGCACCGCCACGGCGGCCUGGCGUGCUUCCGCCGCCGGCCCUGCGCAGCAAACGGCCCUGUUCAGCGAGGGCUUCUUGCCGCUGCACUCCGAAUUCCGCGGCCAAGCAGCGCUGCGUGACCUGAUACAACGGCUGCCAAAGGCUGAGCUUCACAUACACAUAGAGGGGACGCUGGAGCCUGAGCUGAUGUUUGCAUUGGCAGCCAAAAACGGUGUCGAGCUGCCCUACACCGAUGUCGAGGCGGCCCGUGCGGCUCGCACCAAUUUCACCUGCCUCGAGGACUUCCUCCGGAUGUACGCGGCAGCCACCAAGGUGCUCAUCACUGAGGACGACUUCUACCGCCUGGCGCAGCAGUACCUUGCGCGCGCAGAGGCUGAGAAUAUCAGGGCCGCGGAGAUAUUCUUUGAUCCUCAGGGGCACCUGGCAAGGGGUGUGCCCCUGGAGACCGUGAUCCGCGGCCUGUCGCGCGCCCUGGCAGAAUCACCUGUGGAGGCAUCCCUCCUGCUGUGCGUGCAGCGCGAAUUUGGCGCCAAGGCGGCCGCCGAGGCGCUGACGCGAGCCAUCCCCUACCUGCCAAAGAGCGUCAUCAUCGCGCUGGGGAUGGACGGCAGCGAGCUGGGCCACCCGCCGCGCAACUUCGUGCUUGCAUACGGGGAGGCGGCGGCUCUGCGGCUGCACAGGGUGGCGCAUGCAGGCGAGGAGGGCGGCCCCUCCUACGUGCGCGAGGCCCUCAGUCUGCUGGGUGCGGAGCGCAUAGACCACGGCAUCCGCUCCCUGGAGGACCCGGCCCUGGUGGCGGCCAUGGUGAAGAGCCAGGUGCCCAUCACGCUGUGCCCGCUGAGCAAUCUUAAGCUGCAGGUGUACAAGGGGCAGCUGGAGGAUCGCAUUCGCCAGGUUCUGGCCAGCGGGAUGCGCGUCACCAUCAACAGCGACGACCCGGCCUACUUUGGGAGCUACGUGUCUGGCAACUACGAGUGGGUGGCGCGCAUAGCCGGGCUCGGACCAGACAGCCUGGCGGCACUGGCGGCCAACUCCUUCACGUCCAGCUUCAUGCCACAGGUGAAGCAACAAGAGGGGGAGUGGGUGGCGGCGCAGAAGCCUGAGUGA